UAAAAACCAAAUACAAGAACCCGCUUUUCCAUUUUUCUCUCCCACUCAUGGCUCCUCCUAGAAUUCUGCUAUGUGGCGACGUUUUAGGCCGUAUGAACCAGCUCUUCAAGCGAGUCCAAUCGGUGAACAAAUCAGCUGGUCCGUUUGAUGCACUUCUCUGUGUCGGCCAGUUUUUCUCGGACUCACCCGACCGUCAGGAGGAGUUUAUGGACUAUGUCGAAGGCCGCUCUGAAAUUCCUCUCCCGACCUACUUCAUCGGCGAUUACGGUGUUGGCGCCGCCAAGGUCCUGAUAGCCGCUUCUAAGGACUCCUUCAAUCAGGGUUUCAAGAUGGACGGCCUCAAAAUUUCCAAUAAUUUAUUCUGGUUGAAAGGCAGUGGCAAGUUCACUCUCUACGGUUUAUCUGUGGUAUAUUUAUCUGGUAGGCAAUCAUCGAAUGGCCAGCAGUUCGGAACUUAUAAUCAAGAUGAUGUUGAUGCAUUGCGAGCAUUAGCUGAGGAACCUGGAAUUGUUGACUUGUUCCUAACUAAUGAAUGGCCAAGUGGGGUCACAAACAGAGCUGCUACAUCUGACAUACCUGCAGGAAUCUCAGAUUCAUCUGGCAGUGAUGCUACUGUAGCAGAGUUGGUGGCAGAGAUCAAACCACGCUAUCACAUUGCAGGUUCUAAGGGUGUAUUCUAUGCUCGUGAACCUUACUCUAAUAUUGACGCUGUUCACGUAACUCGCUUUUUGGGUCUUGCUCCUAUUGGAAACAAGGAUAAACAGAAAUUUAUUCAUGCAAUUUCUCCCACUCCAGCAUCUGCUAUGUCUGCUGCUGAGAUAAGCAUGAAGUCUCGAAACACUACCUUGUCUCCAUACACACUCAUAGAUCAAGCUGCUAAUUCUAAAGAAGCCACAAAGAGGCCUAACGAUAGUGUUUUGGAUUCUCAAUAUUGGAGAUAUGAUGUUCCUCAAAAACGACAUAAACAUGGAGGAGGUGACGGUGAUAGGCUGUGUUUUAAAUUUAUAUAUUCUGGGACUUGUCCACGUGGGGAGAAAUGCAACUUUCGACAUGAUACUGAUGCAAGAGAACAAUGUUUAAGAGGCGUUUGUCUUGAUUUUAUUAUCAAAGGAAAAUGUGAAAAGGGCCCAGAAUGCAACUUUAAGCACAGUCUACAGAGUGAAGGUGAGAGCCAUUCUCACAGGAGAUCUGCUUCUGAAAAUGCUGCUGCUAACAGGUCAAAGGAGUGCUGGUUUUGUUUGUCAAGCCCGAACGUGGAGUCACAUCUGAUUGUUAGCAUAGGAGAGCAUUACUAUUGUGCUCUGCCUAAAGGCCCACUUGUUCAAGAUCAUGCGUUGAUAGUACCUGUUGAGCACUCACCUAACACCAUUUCUCUUUCACCGGAGAGCGAAAUGGAGCUUGGCAAAUUCCAAAGCAGUCUCAAGCUGUAUUAUAAAAAACAGGAGAAGGAAACUGUUUUUUUCGAAUGGGUUUCCAAACGUGGUACUCAUGCUAAUCUUCAGGCUGUUCCAAUUCCCUCAUCCAAAGCGGCUGUUGUUCAAGAGAUAUUUAACUUGGCUGCUGAAAAGUUGGGUUUUAAAUUAUUGGCGAUAAAAUCCAAUAAUAGCUCUGAUGGGAGAAAAUCAUUGAGGACACAGUUUGAUAGGAACUCUAGUUUCUUUUAUGUGGAACUCCCUGGUGGUACAAUUCUGUCGCAUAUAGUUGAAGAGAAUGAAAGAUUCCCAGCCCAAUUUGGACGUGAGGUUUUGGCAGGCUUGCUGAACAUUGCAGAGAAGGCUGAUUGGAGGAACUGUACACCUGGCAAGGAUGAGGAAGUUAAGAUGGCUGAAAAUUUCAAGAAACGGUUUGAAGAAUUUGAUCCUAAUCAAUGAUGUGUUAUGAACAGAAGUCAUAAUGACAGCCUAAUGUUCUGAUUUGUCGUGACGAAGCAUAUCAUUACAAUCGGUGCUUAAUCGGCGGGUGAUGUAUCCUACCCUUGUUCAUUGGUGAGGGUACUCCAUGAUGCUUGUGAUGGAAGAGAUCUGCUUUCAGAUAAACAAGUGCUGUGAGGUUGUCUGGUAUCCACAUCACUGCUCAAAUUGCCUCUAAGUGCCCUAUCAUAUUUUGCAUCCAGUGCAAUGAAAAGGUGGUGUUUCUGCACUAACUAAAUUAUAGUCUCCUAGCCUCAGCAUCAGCUUGGUUUUAUUUAAAAGAAAAUUAACUGGUUCUCAAGUUGUGCAUUUGGGAUUUUGAUGUUAUGCACCAAUAUCUGUUUUGCACCAACAGACACUCAGUAACGAUUUAGAAAGCUUUACGUCCAGCUUUAGAAAUAGAAACAUUUAUAAUGUUGAUGCUUGAUUCCAUCUGGUCGGGUUUAAUGUGAUGAGUUUCAACAAUC